GCCGCUCAGCUGGCAUUUAGUCGCGUUUCCGACUCCAACGCUGCCAAACCAUAACGCUCCGGUCCAUAUUUUAUCCCCGCGUGCACUGCUGGCGGUGCGCCGUUUACAAACAAUUGUGAUUCCAAAUUGUUGGGAUCGGGAAUUAAAAAUCCACAUACGCUUACCGUUACACAACACUGAUUCGAAUACAUUAACUUAUCUUACCGCCAAUUGUUAGCAAUUGUUCUUACUGUGUUAACACGCACGCAUUACACGUGAGUGUUCCCGUUUCCAGUGCCUUAAAAAGUGUUCCCUUAAAUAAAGUGGUAAUAGCCCAUCAAAGUCCAUAAUUAUGGCUAACAAAAGUGAGCUGGCGGAGGCCCAGCAAUUGUACCCACAGCCCACAAGAGUGGAACUGCUAACGACCCAAACGGAAACCGACCAGAAACCGCGAUGGGGCAAACUCCUCCUGCUGGUGGCCUUGGCAACCACAUUUGGCGGCGCUGUAUCCACCGGCUAUUGCAUUGGUGUUAUCAAUGCCCCCUCAAACCUAAUGAAAGUCUGGUGUAAUCAGACCCUACACGACACCUAUGGCAGCAACCUCAGUCCGGGCGGUCUGGAUCUCUUGUGGUCGUGCAUUGUUUCUGUGUUCCUGGUCGGCGGCGCCAUCGGUUCGCUAGGCGGUGCUGGUGCGGCUAAUAAAUUCGGCAGAAAAGCAUGCUUUCUCAUCUGCGGGGCCCUGUUCACCGUGGGAGCGGUCCUUUUCUUCUUCUGCCGAGCAGCCAGCUCCGUGGAGAUGUUGGUGAUUGGCAGGUUUAUUGUAGGCCUGGCUUCCGGCCUUGUGACCGCCACUCUGCCCAUGUAUCUAUCCGAGGUGGCUCCCUUGGCUCUGCGCGGCACUUUGGGCGUAUUCAUAGCCGUGGGAGUGACUGGAGGCGUCGUAGUGGGUCAGGUCUGCAGUCUGGCUGAUGUCUUUGGCACCGAGGAUCUGUGGCACUAUGCACUGACCGCAUACAUGGUUCUGAUCAUCGUUUGCUACCUGCCAUCCUACCUAUUCCCAGAGAGUCCAAAGUUUUUGUACAUCGUUAAGGGAAACCGUGCGGCUGCCAGGAGGGAGCUUCAACGUCUUCGUGGCAAGGAUGCGGAUGAGCUAAUCGGUCAAGAGAUGGCGGAGAUGGAGGCUGAGGCAAAUGCUAAGGUUCAGACUAGCAGCUUCUGCGAUGUGCUGCGCGAUCCUCGCCUCACAUUGCCUCUGAUCAUUGUCUGCUGUUUCCAUGGUGGUCAGCAACUGUCGGGAAUUAAUGCGAUAUUUUAUUACUCGGUCAGCAUCUUUGAGAAAGCUGGAUUGUCCACAGUGAAUGCCCAGUGGGCCAAUUUGGGUGCUGGCUGCCUAAAUCUUUCCGUAUCUCUGUUUGGACCCUGGCUGAUGGCAACCUGCAAUAGACGAACACUGAUGAUGUUCUCCUGCGCCCUAUGCUCCGUCUUCCUAUUCACCAUUGCCUUUGUCUUGUUCUAUAUUGAUCAAGUCAGUUGGUUUGCAAUUGCCUGCAUCGUCUGCAUCAUGGGGUACAUAUUCUUCUAUCAAUUUGGAUUGGGUCCCAUUCCCUACUUCAUAGGCUCAGAACUUUUCGAGGUGGCUCCCCGCUCCGUAGCCAUGUCGAUGGGAAGUCUUGCCUCGUGGACGUGCAAUUUCAUAAUUGGCAUCUCGUUCCCGCUGCUGCAGAACGCUUGGGGCGCCUUUGUCUUCCUGCCCUUCUCCAUUACAUGUGUGCUACUCUUCCUGCUAACGAAAUUCUAUCUACCGGAAACACGAGGACGCGAUCCCUCCGAAGUGGCACCUCUUGUAUCAAAAGGCUUCCGCUCGAAGGUCAAAUGAUGCCUUGCCCAGAGAGGUCUCAACUUACAAUUAGUUUUAAGUAGCCGGUGAUAUGUGGUAAUAGGUUUUAACUCCAAUGGCAUGGGGGGUCACUGGCCACUCAAUGAUUCGUCCAAGUCUUGUGCCUUUUGUAAAAGCCGACAAUAAGCCGGAGUCCACAUUGUUCAGGGUCAAAUUGCUCUAACUAAUUGUAAUUUCCCGCCUAGUUUGUAAGUUCUUUUUUGUACAAACCAAUAAAUGAAAAUGGAUCUAA